AUGACGCUAAGACGUCCUGCUAUUUCCAGACAGCUCAGGAAUCUUUUCAUACAGACAGCAGAAACUCCGAACGAGAAUGCUUUAAAGUUUCUUCCUUCCAUGAACAUCCUUAGGGAGAACGAAACCAGGGAGUUUUUGAGUGGUAGGGAGGCGGCGUGUUCGCCUCUUGCGGUGAAGCUUUUUGGUAUUGAUGGCGUUAAAUCAAUCAUGUUGGGACUGAACUUUAUUACUAUUGAAAAACAAGGCGAUGACUUCGAGUGGAGUCUCCUUAAGCCAGAGAUCUUCUCGAUCUUGACUGAAUCUUUGUCUAAUGGUACGCCAGUGGUGAACGACACGAGCGAGCUCUCGAACGAUAUUGGUUUUGAUGAGGAAGACGAUGAAGUGGUUCUGAUGAUCAAGGAACUCAUCUUUACAAGAAUCAGACCUGCUAUUCAAGAUGACGGUGGCGAUAUUGAAUUCUCCAGCUUCAACGAAGACACUGGUGUGGUUUACUUGAAACUUAAGGGCGCAUGUAGAUCGUGUGACUCGUCGUCGGUGACGCUCAAAAACGGUAUUGAGAGCAUGUUGCAAUACUACAUUGAGGAAGUUCAAGAAGUCAAACAGAUUGACGCUACUGAUGAAGAAGAGGCACAGGCUGCUGCUCAACAAGAAGAACAGCCCGAGCCAGAGUUCAGCGCAGCUAGCGUUACACCAGCCAGAAGAGACGAGGCACCACCUUCAUUGUAA